CUUAUGGAGCCAUUCAAAGAAGCUAGAGCUGAUGUCAUUACAGAGUUUAUAGAGGCUGCCAUACACUCUAUACUGUAUGUCAGAGGAGUUUACCCAGCAGCUAUUUUUAAACCCAGAAGAAAAUAUGGGACAACAGUACACAUGUGUUGUCAUGCCGAUAUUAAUCAAUAUAUAAUUAAGAGUCUAAAGACUGUCCACUCAUUACUACUAGAGGGGUCACUCAGGCUCGCCCCAAUCAAUAGAUGUUAUCAUAAUCAUGAGAUGAAAUACAAGAUUUUGGGCACUUCCUUAUCAUAAGCUAUAAUGA